GCCACUCCCAGCGCGCACCGUGCGCGCCCGCGACCGGCGACGAGCGCGGCCGGCGCCCCUCCACAUGCUGACCUCGCCGCGAUCUCUCAUAGUCCGGCGGCGCCAUCUCCCUUCCAACUCUCCAGGGCGAACCCAAUGGAGCGGCGGAGGAUGCUCGCGGACCUCCUCCGGGCGAGCGCGAGGAGCCCAGACCUACGCGGCGGCGCGCAGCUCCACAGCACCCUCAUAAGGCUCGGCUUCGGGUCGGACACCAUGCUGGGCAACAACCUCAUCGACAUGUACGCCAAGUGCGGCCGCCUCGACAUGUCCCGCCAGGUGUUCGACGGAAUGCCCGAGAGGAACGUGGUGUCGUGGACGGCGCUCAUGGUGGGCUUCCUGCAGCAGGGGCGCGCCGGGGAGUGCCUCCGGCUCUUCGGGGAGAUGCGGCGGCUCUCGGAGGCCCCGCCGAACGAGUUCACCCUCUCGGCAACCCUCAAGGCGUGCGGCGUCGUCGGAGACACGGGCGCCGGUGUUCGUGUCCACGGGGCCUGCGUCAGGAUGGGGUUCGAGGGGCACGGCGUCGUCGCCAACUCGCUGGUGCUCGUGUACUCCAAGGGCGGGAGGAUCGGCGACGCGCGGCGGGUGUUUGAUGGCGCUGCUGCGUUCCGGGACCUCGUCACCUGGAACGCCAUGAUCUCCGGCUACGCGCACGCCGGGCAAGGCAGGGACUCCCUGCUCGUCUUCUGGGAGAUGCAGCGGCGAGGAGACGAGGGUUGUCAGCCCGACGAGUUCACCUUCGCCAGCUUGCUGAAAGCCUGCAGUGGCCUAGGGGCGGCUCGCGAGGGCGCGCAGGUUCAUGCGGCCAUAGCAACAAGAGGAGUCUCCACGGCGUCCAAUGUCAUCCUCACCGGCGCGCUGCUUGAUGUUUAUGUAAAAUGCCGAUGCCUCCCGCUGGCGAUGCAGGUGUUUGAUCGGUUGGAAAGGAAGAAUGCCAUCCAGUGGACAACGGUGAUCAUCGGGCAUGCACAAGAAGGGCAGGUGAAGGAAGCAUUGGAUCUGUUCCGGCGGUUCUGGAGCUCCGGCGUCCGUGCUGAUGGCCAUGUCCUCUCCAGCGUUAUCGGUGUGUUUGCAGACUUCACCCUCGUGGAGCAAGGGAGGCAAAUGCACUGCUACACGGUGAAGAAUCCAACAGGGAUGGACGUGUCAGUAUCCAACUCCAUCGUCGACAUGUACCACAAGUGCGGGCUGACUGACGAGGCGGAGCGGCAGUUCUGGGAGACGCCGAUGAGGAACGUCGUGUCAUGGACAGCGAUGAUCAACGGCCUCGGGAAGCAUGGCCAUGGUCGAGAGGCCAUUGACAUGUUCGAGAAAAUGCAAACGGAAGGCGUUGAGCCUGACGAGGUUAGCUACCUGGCCCUCCUGUCGGCGUGCAGCCACUCCGGCCUUGUCGACGAGUGCCGCCGGUACUUCUCAGUGAUCCGGCAGGACAAACGGCUGAGGCCGAGAGCAGAGCACUACGCGUGCAUGGUCGACCUCCUCGGCCGCGCUGGGGAGCUCGCGGAGGCCAGGGACCUCGUUGCGACGAUGCCGAUGGCACCCACCGUUGGCGUAUGGCAGACGCUGCUCGGCGCCUGCAGGGUGCACAAGGACGUCACCACAGCCAGGGAGGCGGGCGAGGCCCUCCUGGCCAUGGACGGCGACAACCCGGCCAACUACGUGAUGCUGUCGAACAUCUUCGCUGAGGCCGGCGAGUGGCGGGAGCACCAGCAGGUGCGCGACGCCAUGCGGCGCCGGGGCCUGCGGAAGCAGGGCGGGUGCAGCUGGGUGGAGGUCGGCAAGGAAACACACUUCUUCUACGGCGGCGGCGACACCACCCACCCGCGCGCCGCCGACAUCCGCCGCGUGCUCCGCGGCGUGGAGAGCAGGAUGAGGGAGCGGCUCGGGUACAGUGCUGGGUCGUCGGCGCACGCGGCGGCGCUGCACGACGUGGACGAGGAGUCGCGCGCCGAGGGCCUGCGGGCGCACAGCGAGCGGCUGGCCGUGGGGCUGUGGCUGCUGCACCGCGGUGAGCGCCACCGUGGCGACGGGGAGGAGGAGGAGGAGGGGGGGAGGAGGGAGGUGAUCAGGGUGUACAAGAACCUGCGGGUGUGCGGCGACUGCCACGAGUUCUUCAAGGGGCUGUCGCGGGUGGUGGGGCGGGCGAUGGUGGUCAGGGACGCCAACCGGUUCCACAGGUUCCAGGACGGCUCCUGCUCCUGCAGAGACUACUGGUAACUUGUGACUUGUCUGACUGAACUCACACUGAAGCAGCCACCUCAUGGGCUGGGUUGACAAAGAAGAAGGCAUAGGCCACCACCGAAAUGCUAAGCAACAUGGAUAUCCCAUUGGCGUGUGAUCAAGAUAUCCGCUCUGCCCGGAGUUGUGCAGGCUGCAGGCAACAUACAAUCUAUGUUGUGAUGAUGGCCCUUUUGGGAAGAAGAAGAUCUGGGGAUUGCCAUAUGCCCAGGUGAAGUUGAGCAUUUGAUUUGGGCACUGAUUUGGUGACAGUAUCCUGCAGGCAGCUCGAUCUCGUGUGAAGAUAAGGAGGAGACUAAACAGGGGUGGAUGCAGAUCACUUGUUUUCGAAGGUGCGAGUGAGUUACUGGGGGAAUGAAGGUGCCAGCAGCUUGGUUUUGAAUUGCCGGCUGGUUCCUCAGCUAAAACAGAGUCCCGAGGACAUGCCCUGAAAUUUUGUGCGUUUCUUUGGCCUUGAUGGUCUUUCGGGCCGCAGCAAAGCCAGUUACUGAGCCUCAUGAGCAACUUCAGCAUCUACAUAUGGAUUAGCCAGGUACGUAACAUGCAUUGCUGAAUUUACUUGAAGGAGAAUGUUGAAUGCCCGAAUCUUUGAGCUCGUGCGCUGAGUGCUGACACUACUCCUACUGUGUUGCCGCCGUUAAUGAAAUGUUCAGAUGGGCAGCUUGACCCCCCUGCUGUAAA